CAAUCGAGUUCAAUCAAGGUUUCGUGGACUCGAGAGCGCUUGGCAGCCGGCUGCAGGCGAGAGCUCGAGCAGCGUUGGCAUAGCAUGGCUUGCGGGCAGAGGAGAGAAUAUGAGACUCCGAACUGCAGGCACGAUCAAAGAAUGGCGAGAGUCUAGCGUGGGAGUGGGGCCAGAAAGAUGCACACAGGUGCGAGCGGUGACUGGACAAGUGGAAACCUGAGCACGAUAGAUGGCUGGUCUGAAGGAGGUUCAUGACGACGUGCGCCCCGCGUGGACCGUGCCAACUCUCGUGUCAAGGCCUCGCUUCGCGUACUCUGUUCUGACUGCCGAGAAAGUUGUAGUUUCACACCAUCUGAUACCAGAUCCGACGAUUCCAACCUAGUUCGCAUUACUCUGCGUUUCUACACAAUUUGCAUAUUCUCAUUUCUGAAUAUUCCCCAUUCGGCUAAUUGUCCUUUCGGAGGAGUAUAACAAUCAGUCCGCGACGGACCUUCUAAGCGAUGUGUGCUUCAGCUUGAGAGUUGCCAACGAAGAGCAGCGAAUGCUGAGUUCUCAGUGACACCGGAGAUCUCGUCCUUCCUUAACCUGUCGGUUAGCGAGGAUUCAACAUGGCAGACACUUCUGCUGCACCCGUGAAGAAGGCGCUCAUCUCCGGUAUCACUGGGCAGGAUGGUUCGUACCUGACAGAGCUCCUGCUGAGCAAGGGCUAUGAAGUGCACGGCAUCAUCCGCCGCUCUUCCAAUUUCAACACGCAGCGGCUCGAGCACAUCUACAUCGACCCGCACAAGUCCAGCGCUCGCAUGAAGCUGCACUACGGAGACCUGACGGACGCAUCCGCUCUGCGGAAGUGGGUCGACAGCAUCCGCCCGGACGAGGUUUACAAUCUGGGAGCGCAGUCGCACGUCGGCGUGUCGUUCGAGAACCCCGACUACACGGCGGACGUGGUUGCCACGGGCGCACUGCGGCUGCUGGAAGCGGUCCGCGUCCACAUCGAGACCACGGGCAGGGAAGUGAGGUACUACCAGGCAGGAUCGUCGGAAAUGUACGGAGCCACCCCUCCUCCGCAGGACGAGGACACGGUGUUCCAUCCCCGCAGUCCGUACGCAGUUUCGAAGGUGGCCGCUCACUGGUACACCGUGAACUACCGCGAGGCGUAUGGCCUGUUCGCCUGUAACGGCAUUCUUUUCAACCACGAGUCGCCGCGCCGAGGAGAGAACUUCGUCACACGCAAAAUCACCCGAGCCUUGGGACGGAUCAAGGUCGGCCUGCAGAGCAAGCUGUAUCUCGGGAACCUGAAGGCGUCCAGGGACUGGGGAUUCGCCGGCGACUACGUCGAGGCCAUGUGGCUCAUGCUGCAGCAGGAGAAGCCCGACGACUACGUGGUGGCCACCGAGGACUCGCACACGGUCGAGGAGUUCCUGGAAGAGUCGUUCGGAUACGUGGGCCUCAACUGGAAGGAUUACGUCGAGAUCGAUCAGAGGUACUUCCGGCCGUCCGAGGUCGACAACCUGCGCGGCUCGUCGGCGAAAAUCCGCGAGAAGCUCGGGUGGCAGCCCAAGGUCGGAUUCAAGCAGCUCGUGGCCAUGAUGGUCGACGCCGAUCUGGAGGCGGCGAAGCGCGAGAAGGUGCUGGCCGACCACGGCCACAUCGCCCCGCAACAGCAGCCCUGAAGCCCGCUGCGAUCGUUCUGUCUCUCGCCACGAGGUCGAGUGAUGGCGAACGACUCCUUUCAGAGCCUCCGAUGCGAACUCGAGCCAGGCCGUGUACGGGACCGAGCUCCAGAGCUUCGAGACGAGCCCUUCAUGGCUCGCAGGUCGGCGUCCAGAGUCGCAUCGUAGCUCCCCCGAGCCCAUUGGACUGCUCGUCAUAGUUUUCCUUCACAUCUCGUGCGAAGUGAGCAUGUGCGCAGCGAUCAUGAGCCGAUCUCGGCGGCUGCGCAGUGACUGGUAAACGAGCUCAGUUCUUGCGAUAGGUGAGGUUAGGAUGACACUCAAAGGGGGUGGGUCCCGAUAAUGUAAAAAUUGCCAUCCGAAUUAGGACAGAUAUUUUCCAGGUGUGGUCACAUCAAUCUCCGGUUUAUUUGGCGGACCGGGGAUGAAUACGGGCAGAAUCCGAACGGAUUGUUGUCAAAUAACUUAGUCCUGGCCUAGGUGCAAAGAAUCAGCACUUCCGGGCCCGCCCAGCUUUUGCUUACAUUAAGUCAGAUGCGAUUCGUCUGUCUCCAUUUUUUCCAGUUGCGACUGGCAUCAACACAUUCAACAUGGUUGUAUCCCGUUCUCGAGGUUCGCACAUGCAC